CCGACCCCUCCCCACUGAAGUCAUUCUCCCACUGGCCGCUCUCCAGCGCGCACCCGCUCAUCACAGCCGGCUCAGCUCGCCGCAAUUCAUCCUCCCUCUCCCUCACCUCACUCUCCGACUUCAAUUCUGCCUCCCUCGCGCUGCCCGCCCCCUUCGCCCUGCUCGCCCCCGCCACGCCCGCCUCCCCUGCCGCCCCUUCUCCUUCUCCACCUCCUUCACCUUCCGCAUCUCCUCCCCCAAUGCCGCCGGGCUGGGCGGCGAGGGCUUGGCGUUUGUGAUGCUGCCAACGCCUACGCUUGGCCUGCAGGGGCCCUCCCUGGGCUAUGGCCGUGUGCUGCUGCCCCCGGGGAGUACAGCUGGUGCUGAUAAUUCCAGUUCCAGCAGUGGCGUGUCAUCUCAGGCAUGUGUUUCUAAAGAACAGCUCCUUUCUCUCAAUUCGGUGGGGAUAGGCCGGGAGGGCAUAGACUUUGUGAUGAUACCAUUGCCCUCGUUCGGCCUACCACGAGGAGGUAUGCUCAUCAGUUUCAUCUCUUUCUUCUCGCUCGCCUCCCGUGUUUCGUCUUCCUUCUCUUGCCUUCCGUCUUCCUUGUUCAUUGUCUGCUGCUCUUCCUCUGCAUGUCUUGCUCUCUUUUGCUGCUGCUUUGCGUUUUUGCGGUUCUCUUUAUCUGCUGCUCCCCUUUGCUGCUCCCCCUCCAUGCACAGCAGCACAGGAGCCUCGCGGUGGAGUACGACACAUCUAAAUCUCUCAAGCACUUCUCCCUCCCCUCCCUCUACCAUCCACAGCAGCACAGGAGCCUGGCAGUGGACUGUCCUCUCCAUGUUCCUGGACACCUGCGAGUGGCUCGGCGGGAACGAUCCGGAUGCAGUUUCGCCCCCCCCGCCGCUGUUGGUGGGAUUCACAGCGGCCACGGGCAAGGGGACGGAGCAGGCUCAGGCACAUGAGGUGCUGGGGUGGGAUUUCCAAGUGGGGGAGGGUGAGUGA